CCCAAAGAUUUCGCGGAUGGAGGUGGGCUGCCUUCUUCUCUUUCGAACCCUCUCCUCUCCUCUCAUUCGCCCUCCUCUCCGUCGCCAUUCCUGGCCAGUCCCGUCCUCGCCUCUCCUUAGAGCCUCCUCUUCCCCUCCGCCUAUUCCCUCUACUCCCUCGGCUUAUCCUCAGGGGGCUUACAGAGGCCCGAAACCCCGGCGGGAUUUGGUAGGCGACUGGGUCUCCAACAACGAUGGGUUCGUCCGGAGCUUGCCCAUCUUCGUGGGCGGCCUCUCCUUGCUCGCUGUCCUCCUUAACCGCGCCUUCUCCGGCAUCGCCCCCGAGUUCUUGAACGACGACGGCGACGAGACGAGGGUUCUGAGCUCCACCGCCCCAUCCUCCACUCCCUUCCUUCAUCGCCGUCUUUUUUCUAGAAUCGAAUCAAAGCUGCACACGGUCUCUCUUGGCCUCUCUUUCCCCAUCUGUUCUUGUUGGUUUCUCUCUCUCCUUCGGAGGGAAAUUACAUGUGCCGAAUUGUGGUUUUCGUUCGUUCGGGAGUGAUUUCUCUGGAGAUGGUUCCGUCUAUCAUCCGGAAAGGUAUAUCUUCCAAUUGAUGCUUCUAUGGUUCCUUUUUUUUUUCACUUUUCCUUGUAUUUGUGGUAUUUUGGCACAUGGAAAAUUUGUAAUCUUGUCAGUGUUUC